AUGGGUAAACGUCAGCAUCAAAAGGAUAAAAUGUAUCUUACUUAUACCGAAUGGACAACACUGUACGGAGGAAAACGAUCGGGCACUGCAGUUGAGGAAGAUACCUCAUUUAAAAGAUUGCCAUAUGAUCACUGUUGCCUAUGUUUACAACCAUUUGACCAGCCAUACUGUGAUGCAGAUGGGAAUAUUUUUGAGCUACAAGCAAUACUUGAGUUUGUCAAAAAGUUUAAAAUAAAUCCUGUAACUGGGAAGAAAGUAGAUGUCAAAGGGUUAUUAAAACUAAACUUUUUCAAAAAUGCAAAGGGUGAAUAUCAUUGCCCUGUUCUAUUCAAGCCUUUUACGAAGAAUUCCUACAUUGUUGCAAUUAGAACUAGUGGUAAUGUGUAUUGCUACGAGGCUGUGGAACAACUCAACAUCAAAGGCAAAAACUGGAAGGACCUUAUUAAUGAUACACCAUUUGUUAGAAGUGACAUUAUUACUAUUCAAGAACCAAAUAAUCUUGAGAAAUUUAAUAUAUCAAAGUUUCAUCAUAUUAAAAAUAAUUUGAGAGUUGAAACUGAAGAGGAAAUUGCAAUGAGAAAAGAUCCACAUGCAAGAUUAAAAACUGUGUCUGCUGAAACAAAAGAUAUCUUACAGGAGUUGGAGAAAGAAUAUAAGGCUCCGGAGGUGAAAGAGGCCAAGAAAGAGACUGCAGAUAAAUUCAAUGCUGCCCAUUAUUCCACUGGCAUGGUGGCGGCCAGUUUUACAUCCACUGCUAUGGUGCCUGAAACUAUACACGAAGCAGCUAUUAUUUGUGAGGACGAGGUUAAAUAUGAAAGGGUUAAAAAGAAAGGUUAUGUAAGGCUAGUGACAAAUCUGGGUCAACUUAACUUAGAACUAUACUGUGAUGUGAUUCCUAAGGCAUGUGAUAAUUUCAUAAAACACUGUCACAAUGGUUACUACAAUGGUACAAAAUUUCAUAGAUCUAUAAGAAAUUUUAUGAUUCAAGGUGGAGAUCCAACUGGCACAGGAUUAGGUGGUGAGUCAAUAUGGAAAAAACCAUUUGAAGAUGAAAUAAAACCAAAUCUACACCAUUCAGGCCGAGGCGUUUUAUCUAUGGCAAACUCUGGGCCUAAUACAAAUGGAUCUCAGUUCUUCAUUACAUUUCGUUCAUGCAAACAAUUAGAUGGGAAGCACACAAUAUUUGGCAAAUUAGUUGGUGGUAUUGACACAUUGAGUGCCAUGGAACAAAUAGAAGUUGACAAUAAAGACAGACCCAUACAAGAUAUUGUUAUAGAGGUGGCCCAGGUGUUUGUUGAUCCAUUUACAGAAGCUGAAGAGCAGCUUGUUGUUGAAAGAGAGGAGGAACUAAAGAGACAAGCUGAAGCAGAAAGCCAGGGAGUCAAACCAAAAAAAGCUACCAAACAACCCUUAAAAGUUUUCCGUGAGGGUGUAGGCAAAUACCUAAAUUUACAAGAAGUGUCUCAAAGUAAUAAAAACCCCAAAACACAAGAAGUGCAAGCAAAGAAGAGCAAGAAAGAGACUAAAGGUGGUUUUGGUAGCUUUGAUUCGUGGUAG